AUGACCUCCCAAACCCCUCAAUCAGCGACCACAAUUUACCUGGAUCAACCCCCAAGCUGUCUGCAAACGUGUCCGGCAUCCCCCAACCACAUCGUUAUAGGCACAUACCUCCUCACCGAGACAAAAGAUGAAGCGAACGAUACAGUUAAACAGAGUAAAACAGGCAGUGUCCAGCUCUGGCGUUUAGACCCGGAAACGCAUACUCUAACACAAAUCCAAAAAAUCCCCCUCCCCACCGCAGUCUUCGACCUCCACUUCCACCCCUCCAAACCCACUCUAUUCGCCAUAACCACCAGCUCGGGCUCGGUAUCACUCUUCCGACUCACCACGCCCUCGGGACAAGAUCCCGAGAUCCUCCCGCUCUGGAACAAACCCGUCCACGACGACCCGAGCAUCCCGGCCUUAUUCCUCGCCUGGACGCCUGCGUCUUGGUUGAAUGGUGCUCAUGCGGAUGGGUUCGCGGUCACUUUCUCGGAUGGUCGGACCCGGGUUUUCGGCUCUCCUGAUGGUAUCUCGGGUGAAGCCGAUGGUGUAUCUGAUGUCGGUGCCGAUGCGCUUGUGGAGGUGGGGUGUUUUGCUGUGAGGGAGAUGAUUGAGGUUUGGUUUGUUGCUUUGGCGGAGUUUCCUACCUCUGGGGAUGGAGGGGAGAGAUUCUUGUUUACCGGGGAUGAUUUUGGGGGCGUGCAUACCCGGCAGUUUCAGAGUUAUUCUGAUUCUGGUCUAGAUGAUGGUGAUGAGGGUGAAGGGGAGUUGCUGUCAUCAGUGUUGUUGGAUUAUGAUGAUCGGGCGCGUCAUCAUACUGCUGGUGUUACGGCUAUUUUACCUCUCCCGGUGGAAUUAGAGGGUGGAGCGCCGUUGCUGCUUACGGGGAGUUAUGAUGAGUAUUUACGGGUUUAUCAUGCUACGCGGAGGGGUGGUGUUCUUGCGGAAGUGUGUCUUGGGGGUGGCGUUUGGCGGUUGCAGUUGCUAAAGACGGAGCAUUGUGUCCUGUCUGGGGGUGAUGAGUGGAGGUUCCUUGUGCUGGCGAGUUGUAUGCAUGCUGGUACGAGGGUGGUCAGGGUUACGCGGACGCUUGGGGAGAAUGCCGGGUGGGAUAUUGAGGCGUUGGCUGAGUUUACGGAGCAUCAGAGUAUGAAUUAUGCGUCUGAUGUGUGGAAACCAGAGGGCGGGUAUGAUCUGCAGGGGAAGGAAGUGUCCGAACUGCUCUGUAUAUCGAGUAGUUUCUACGACCGGAGACUCUGCUUGUGGCGGGUCAGUGUAUAA